CAGCAGCCGGACUACUUACGAUCAAACUCCCUCACUAUUGCUCACCCUCCAAUCCUCUUCUCUCUCUCCCAUCUUUGUCGAUCUCCUCUUUUAUUCCCUGUUCCACCUGGUGCAGGUCCUUUAUCUCAAUCCUUUUGCUUUCCCUCCUCGUGUGACGUAUUCCCUCUCAUAAGCCCCUCAUCUACCUUCCGUUCCUUUUCCCCGCCUAAUUACGUAUCAUGGCUGAUGAUACUACUGCCGGGGCGGACGAGGCGCCCAUCACCUUCACCGUUAAGGCAUCGAAUGAUGCCAAAUACACACUCACUCUUCCUCCUUCUACCCCAGUCUCAGAGUUGAAAGAAAAACUUUCGAGUUCAGAACAUGCGGAUACACCUGCUGAACGCCAGCGUCUCAUCUACUCCGGUAGAGUGCUGAAGGACAACGAGACCCUUGCCGCCUACAAGAUCAAGGAUGGCCACACUAUUCACUUGGUGAAGAGCGCUGCUAGCAACCAGCGUCAGGCUGCACCUACACAAAGCGCUUCCACAUCUGCGCCCGCGGGUGCGUCUGCCAACCCCCCAGCUGGUGGUGUGCCAACAAAUCUUGCGGCCGGCACCGGCAACAAUCCCCUUGCUGGAUUGACAGGUGCAAGAUAUGCCGGGUUUGCUCAGCUCCCAGGCGCUGGCAUGUUUGGUCCGGAUGGCGGAAUGGGACCUCCUCCUGACAGCGACACAAUGCUUGACAUGCUCGAGAACCCUCAAUUCCAGUCCACAAUCAACGAAGCCUUGCAGAAUCCCGCGAUGAUCGAUAUGAUGAUCCAACAAAACCCCAUGCUGCGCGACAUGGGCCCAGGAGUGCGACAGAUGAUGCAAAGUCCGGAGUUCCGCCGGAUGUUGACCGAUCCUGCUUCGAUCCGCCAGAUGAUGCAGAUGCAAAGGGCAAUGGGGGGUGGUGGUCUUGGUGGCGGCGCUAGCGCGUUCCCAGCUCCAGGAGUCACCAACACGACACCUGAGGAGAACAGAGAUUCACAGAACAACGCUGGCACCACAUCGACUCCCGCAUUCAACCCAUUCAUGCCUCCUACACUUGGAUCUGGCAAUCCUUUUGCAGCUCUUUUCGGUGGAAACCCAAGCCUAGGUGCCAAUCCUUCCAUUGCCGCCACUACGGCAGGUGGAGAUCAACCGGACUCCACACAGAGAGCGACUGGCAGUACCACCCCCGGUGAUACCACCACUGGCGAAGGACAGAACCAGCAGAACGCUCAGAAUCCCUUCAGCUUCUUGAUGAAUCCUGGCAUGUUUGGAGGCCCUCAGGGUCAGGCCGACAUGAACCCGUUCAACCCACAGCAAAACCCCUUUCUCCGGGACCCGGCGCUGCUUUCCCAAAUGAUGCAGUCGAUGGGGGCCCAGCCAGGUGAAGCUGGAGCAAACCCCCUGGCAGCCCUUCUUGGAGGUGGUGGUCUCGGCGGCGCUGCCCCUCCCGAUAACCGACCACCCGAGGAAAGAUACGCAACACAACUUGGCCAGCUUAAUGAUAUGGGCUUCUUUGAGUUUGAAAGAAACGUCGAGGCUCUGCGUCGAUCUGGUGGUAGCGUCCAGGGUGCUGUUGAGUAUUUGCUCAGCAACCCUUAAAACAAGACUGAUGCCCUAGUGACUAGGUUUUCUAUGGCUUUGUGAUGCAUUUGUAGGCUUUCUUUGUCUACAAAAAAAGCCUGUUCUUUCAAUUACCCUAUCUGCGUGCUGGUUUCUAAGGAUCGCGUUGCCGGAGAUGGCGUUUUCAUAGCAGAUGUC